GCGUGUGACAGCCUCCUCCCACUCCCUUCCCCGACCCCGCCUCCGCGUGCAGGUUCCUCCCCGUCACCUUUCUCCACCCCCUCCCCCGCACCUAGCCAGCCGCCCGCAAACUUCCACCUACCUGGCUGUGCGGGCGCUCGGGACCUGCGAGCACUCGGGACCUUUAACACGGGCGUGGGCCUCCGUGAGUGGGCUAGGGCCACAGCGAAGGUAGCGGCGGCAGCCCCCACCGGCCCUGGAGCUCAGGUGCUCGGCGUCUCAAAGGGCCCCCGCGACAAUGACAGCUGACAAAGAGAAAAAAAGGAGUAGCUCGGAGAGGAGAAAGGAGAAGUCCCGAGAUGCUGCCAGGUGCCGGCGGAGCAAGGAGACGGAGGUCUUCUACGAGCUGGCCCACGAGCUGCCCCUGCCUCACAGCGUGAGCUCCCACCUGGACAAGGCCUCCAUCAUGCGGCUGGCCAUCAGCUUCCUGCGUACACACAAGCUCCUGUCCUCAGUUUGCUCUGAAAGUCAGCCUGAAGCUGAGGCUGACCAGCAGAUGGACAACUUGUACCUGAAAGCCUUGGAGGGCUUCAUUGCCGUCGUGACCCAAGAUGGCGACAUGAUCUUCCUGUCAGAAAACAUCAGCAAGUUCCUGGGACUCACACAGGUGGAGCUAACAGGGCACAGUAUCUUUGACUUCACUCAUCCCUGUGACCAUGAGGAGAUCCGUGAGAACCUGAGUCUCAAAAAUGGCUCUGGUUUUGGGAAGAAAAGCAAAGACGUGUCCCCAGAGCGGGACUUCUUCAUGAGGAUGAAAUGCACGGUCACCAGCAGAGGCCGCACCGUCAACCUCAAGUCAGCCACCUGGAAGGUCCUGCACUGCACGGGCCAGGUGAAGGUCUACAACAACUGCCCCCCUCACAGCAGUCUCUGCGGCUGCAAGGAGCCGCUGCUGUCCUGCCUCAUCAUCAUGUGUGAGCCCAUCCAGCACCCGUCCCACAUGGACAUCCCCCUGGACAGCAAGACCUUCCUGAGCCGCCACAGCAUGGACAUGAAGUUCACCUACUGUGACGACAGAAUCACAGAACUGGUUGGUUACCACCCUGAAGAGCUGCUUGGCCGCUCAGCCUACGAGUUCUACCAUGCACUGGACUCAGAGAACAUGACCAAAAGUCACCAGAACUUGUGCACCAAGGGUCAGGUGGUGAGUGGCCAGUACCGGAUGCUUGCGAAGCACGGGGGCUACGUGUGGCUGGAGACGCAGGGGACGGUCAUCUACAACCCUCGCAACCUGCAGCCCCAGUGCAUCAUGUGUGUGAACUACGUCCUGAGUGAGAUUGAGAAGAACGACGUGGUGUUCUCCAUGGACCAGACGGAGUCCCCGUUCAAGCCGCACCUGAUGACCAUGAACAGCAUCUUUGACAACAGUGGCAAGGUGGCUGUGUCUGAGAAGAGCAACUUGCUGUUCACCAAGCUGAAGGAAGAGCCCGAGGAGCUGGCCCAGCUCGCACCCACCGCGGGAGAUGCCAUCAUUGCUCUGGAUUUCGGGAGCCAGAACUUUGAGGAGUCCUCAGCCUAUGGCAAGACCAUCCUGCCGCCAGGCCCGCAGUGGGCCGGAGAGCCCAGGAGCCACGGCGCCCACACUGAGGCCGGGAGCCUGCCCGCCUUCACCGUGCCCCAGGCAGCCGCCCCGGGGAGCACCACCCCCAGUGCUGCCAGCAGCAGCAGAAGCAGCAGUAGCUGCUCCACGCCCAGCAGCCCCGGAGACUAUUACACAUCUCUGGAUGACGAUCUGAAGAUUGAAGCAAUCGAAAAGCUCUUUGCCAUGGAUACAGAGGCGAAAGACCAGUGCAGCACCCAGAUGGACUUCAAUGAGCUGGACCUGGAGACCCUGGCGCCCUACAUCCCCAUGGACGGGGAGGACUUCCAGCUCAGUCCCAUCUGCCCCGAGGAGAGCCUCUUGCCAGAGACACCCCAGUCCACCCCCCAGCACUCCUUCAGUACCAUGUCGAACAUCUUCCAGCCACUGGCCCCGAUGGCCUCUCACAGCCCCUUCCUCCUGGACAAGUAUCAGCUGGAAAGCAAGAAGAUAGAGCCCGAGCAGCGGCCUGUGUCCUUCAUCUUCUUCGACGGUGGGAGCAAGGUGUCCCUGCCACAGUGCUGUGGCCAGUCCUGCACCCCUCUCUCCUCCAUGGGGGGCAGGUCCAACACACAGUGGCCCCCUGAUCCGCCCUUACACGUGGGGCCCACGAAGUGGCCCGGCGAAGAUCACGUGGAGCCCUUGGGGGCCUCGCCCUUGGGGCCCCCCGGCACUGCACCCCAUCUCUCCGUGUUCAAGAAGAGGUCUGCAAAGGGCUUCGGGCCUCAGGGCCCAGACGGGAUGAGCCCGGCCAUGGUCGCCCUCUCCAACAAGCUGAAGCGGCAGCUGGAAUACGAGGAGCAAGCCUUCCAAGACAUGAGUGGGGGGGAUCCACCAGGCAGCAGCCCUUCACAUUUGAUGUGGAAAAGGAUGAAGAGUCUCAGGGGCAGUGGGAACUGCCCCCUGAUGCCGGACAAGCUGCCGAGCGCAAACGUCCCCAGUGAUGAGUUCAUCCGAAAUCCCGUGAGGGGCGCGAGCCAGCCCCUGAGACACUUAACACCGCCACAGCUGCCAUCUGCCGUGAGGCCCGGGGAGCCCGCCAAGAGUGGGUUCCUCCCGCAUUGUUACACCCCCCAGUACCAGGACUACAGCCUACCAGCGGCUCACAAGGUGUCAGGCAUGACAAGCCGGCUGCUCGGACCCUCCUUUGAGCCCUACCUGCUGCCGGAAUUGACCAGAUAUGACUGUGAGGUGAACGUUCCUGUCCCAGGAAGCUCCACGCUCCUCCAAGGAGGGGACCUCCUCAGAGCGCUGGACCAGGCCACCUGAGCCAGGGCCACCCACUGACAGGCACCCCCUUCCCAUGCCGUCCCACCAGCUUCACGGUCUCCGUCUGUUUUUUUGCAACUAGAUAUUUCUAACACCAACACACUUUUUACAAGAUAUACUUACCUGGCAAACUUGCCCAG